AUGUUCGGUCUUCGCACAGUCCUCCCCGGAGCACGCUCCUUGGUUGCAUCGACAAAGUCGACUCCCACCAAUGCAUUCCACACAUCGGCCUCGGCUCUCGCCAGACCCCGUCGAUCCAGGAAGGACAUUGUCAUUCAGAUCCGCAAAAACAACCUUCAGAAGCAGGAAAAGAAGCGCCUCGACUUUGAGUCUUCGACCCCAGACUAUAUCAUUGGAAAGCAGACCGAGUUCACACAAUCCCUUCUUCGCCCUCAAUCCGUCUUCCAAGCUCCCCUUGCCGCCAUCAAACCCGCCACACCUGAAUCCAACACAACCACCAACAACGAGGAGGAUGCCACUACAAAGUCAUCCGGCUUCGCCUUCACGACCUCAUCAUCAUCACCCUCUAUCUUUUCGUCGUCUUCCAGGACUCCCCUCAUUGUGUCGACCUCGAACCCCUCGGGAUACCAGCACUUUUUGACCGAACAGGAGGCCGAUCUGAUCUUUGAGAAGGUGCCCCAUGUCCAGGUCCAGGAACUGAUGGUCCGCUCAACCCUUGUCAACGAGAAGCUCCAGCUCCCCAUUGAGCAGCAGAAGGCCGAGCUCGUUCGCCGCAUCACUGCCCUCGAGAACGGAAACGCAAAACAGGUUACAUUGGAGAACGUCAGGAGGGCCAGGGAAGCUUUCCAGCGUGCCGAGGGCGAUACUGGAAGCCCUGAGGUUCAAGCCGCUGUGAUGACUGUCAGGAUCCAGAACUUGCACAACCACAUUCUUAACAACAAGAAGGACAAGCACAACUACCGCCGUCUCCGCAUGUUGAUCCACCAACGCCAGACUGUCCUCAAAUACCUCAAGAAGACCUACCCUGAGCGCUACCACGUCUGCCUCGAUCGUCUCGGUCUUGAGCCCCGUGCCAUCGAGGACGAGAUCGUCGUUUAA